AUGCCAGGAGUCACGGACACGCGCAAGUCCGUGCUGAUCACCGGGUGCUCGCCCGGCGGCAUUGGUAACUCUCUUGCACGCGAGUUCAACCGCAAUGGAUUGCGCGUGUUUGCCACGGCUCGACAGGCCGCUACCAUUGCUGACUUGGCUGAGAUCGGCAUCGAGACCCUGAGCCUGGUGGUCGAUGACCAGGAGAGUGUCAAGGCGUGUUUCGCUGAUGUUCAGAAAAGACUUGGGGACAAGGGUCUUGAUUAUCUCGUGAACAAUGCCGGCCGAAACUACACUGUUCCUGCCAUGGAGGUGGAGCUAGACGAGGCUCGUCUGACAUUCGAGACCAAUCUUUUUUCGGUCAUCACCAUGUGCCAGACCUUCGUGCCGCUUUUGAUUAAAGCUAAGGGCACUAUCGUGCAGAUUGGUUCUGUUGCUGGGAUCAUCCCUUACGUGUUUGGGUCAGUCUACAAUGCCUCCAAGGCUGCUCUACAUUCCUUCAGCGAUACCCUCCGUGUCGAGUUAGCUCCAUAUGACGUCAAGGUGAUCACCGUCGUUACCGGCGGCGUUCAAUCUCGCAUUGCUCGUACCGAGCGCACAUUGAAGCCCGACUCGAUGUAUCUCCCUAUCGAGGAAGAAUACAACCGUCGUGUGGUGCAUAGCCAACACAAUGCCAUGCCCAAUGAAAAGUAUGCCCGCAGCGUGGUCACCCAGGUACUGUAUGGAUCGGCACCAUGGCGCUGGCUGUGGCCAUGGGCACAGGGUCGCAAGACCACGAUCUGGGAGGGUCGGAUGAGCUGGCUGAUCUGGUUGCUGUCGGGUGGAUGGGCCUGGAAUGGGCUGUUUACCCGGAUUAUGACCCGUAUGUUCAAGCUGUGGAAGAUUAAGGCGGCGUUGAAGAAGUAG